AACAAAACCUUUUACUUUGGCGAUUUCACAAAGUGAAUAAGUCUCAUAGCCUAUUAUAUCUUUCUCGUGGCCGAGAUUUUGGUUUUCAGCAACCAAUAUCAUACCAACCUGUAUCAUCCAUUCAGACUGUCAUCUUUUUGCCAAAUCAAUUCAAUCCAUGCUACAUAAAACUUGAAAUAGUUCCACAAUUAUUCGAGAUAGAUAUCUUGCAGAUCUGAAAAAGAUCGUUUAUUAUCAUAACAUACUGAGGUAGACGCACCAAACCCAAUGUCGUCAACACAAACAUACACAAUCACUCCCGCAGUCUUUCCCACCGACAAGGAAGCCAUCAUAUCCCUCUUCUCCGACUACACCAGUGCUCUCGGACUGGAUCUCACAUUUCAGGACUAUUCAACCGAAUUGAAUUCGCUUCCCGGUAAGUACUCGCCAGAAAACGGCGGUAUUAUACUCAUUGCACGCGAUGUGAGCAAUCAAGGGAUGAUAGUCGGAUGUGUUGCUGUUCGGGCUUUGCCGAUAUCAACAACAAUUUCAACGACGAGUUCCACAAGUCCAGUCAGUGAUGGGGAUGACAAGACUAUGAAUGAAGAUAAAGGAUACUGCGAGAUGAAGAGACUUUACAUCUCCCCGUCAGCACGCGGCUCGGGGCUAGGAGCAAGGCUUGUCGAAGCGAUUAUUCAACACGCCAGAGGAACAGGGUUGUACAAGGGGAUAAGAUUGGAUACACUGUCGGGGGAGUACAUGGCCAGUGCCCGGGUAUUAUAUGGAAAAUAUGGUUUUCGGGAAAUUGAGAAGUAUUAUGAGACACCUGUUGAGGGAACUAUUUUUAUGGGGUUGGACUUUUAGCUCUUGUUUCAAUUUUUCACUAAGAAUUUGAUGCUGAUAUAUUUUCCUCCAGGUCAAUUGUCUAGAAUUCCACUAUUGUUUAGUCUUUAGAUUUGACAUGUAUAAAGCAACAUGAUUGGCCAGCGGACCAAGCUCCUAUCUUCAGCUACUUGGGUGCUUGGUACAGAGCUCGCCCGGCGUGGACGUGCC